AUGCCUGUCUAUCCGAUCUUCACCCGCCUCUUCCUCCCUCUCUGCCUCCUCAUCCUCCUCAUCUUCUUCCCUAGCGUCCUUCUCUCCGUCUUAUUCGUCAUACGCUGCAUCGGAUAUUUCUGCUGCUAUAACUUCCGAAACGGGCAGGGACUAAGCCUGAUCGUUUCACCCACCACGGCCGCAAACCUACUGGGCAUGGGGGCCUUGGAUGACGGCCCAGCUCCUUGGGCUUCUCAUGUUCGAAAGCAGCGGGAAACGCCGUACCAGAUUACGGACGUGAAGGGCAAAGGAAAAGGGGUAGUGGCCACCAGGCCCAUCAAACAAGGGGAGAUCCUCAUGGUGGAUGUCCCGGCUUUGUUGAUAAGUGAAGAGUUCUUGAGAGAAACUGAACGAGAGGGGAAGGGGCAUCUGAGAAGACGAAUGGUGAAGAGGGGGUUGGAGCAAUUGCCGGAAAGCACGAGACGCAAGGUGUUGGAGCUGCAAAAGGGAUCGGGAAGUUACGAGAUUGAUGCGAUCUUGGGGAUCAACCUCAAGGGACUAGGGGGCGAUCGUUCAGAAACGGACUCGGCACUAGCACUGUUGGAGGAACAAGAGUUACAGGAGCAAUGGGAAGGCCAUGCGGCGGAGGGAAUGAUGGGGUUGUUUGCUGAGGUUGCGGUAGGUUUCGAGGAUUGA